GGAGGAGUAGAGGAAGCGGACCUACAUUAUUACAACACAACAGAACUGCGCCGUCUCCAUGUGGAUCAGGGUCCGGGACGCGCAGCACUUUCACUUUUCACUCACUUAGUUUCCAUGUUUCCUUCCAGCUGAUGACACGGAGACACGGAGACACAUGGACACAUGUCCACGUCCACGUCCUCUCUGACGGAUUCUACUUGUUACAGAUGAAUGAGCGUCACAAGUCACGGCUUGUGUGACCUUCAUCAUCAUCAUCAUCCUCAACCUCAUCAUCACCAGGAUCAGGAGAAGAGGAGGAGAAGAGGAGGAGGAGGAGAGGAAAACCUUUUAAGGAAGAGGAGAAGUUGUUGGAUUAUUGAGCUGCGGAGGAAUUCGUCCUUUUCUUUUUUCUUCUUCCUCUCUUUGGUUUUGUUUUGAGAAGUCAUGACUUCGGUGUGGAAGAGGCUUCAGCGCGUCGGUAAAAAGGCUUCAAAGUUUCAGUUCGUGGCUUCUUACCAGGAGCUGGUUCUGGAGUGCACCAAGAAAUGGCAACCGGACAAGCUGAGGGUGGUGUGGACCAGGAGGAACAGACGCAUGUGUUCCAAGCUCCACAGUUGGCAGCCUGGCAUCAAGAACCCGUACAGAGGAAUGGUGGUGUGGCCCGUCCCAGAAAACAUAGACAUCUCUGUUACUCUCUUCAAGGAAGCCAACGCUGACGAGUUUGAGGACAAAGACUGGACGUUUGUCCUUGAAGGUGAGAACAAGGGACACCGCAAAGUUCUGGCGUCGGUCGACAUCAACCUGAAGCGCUUCGCCAGCCCCACGCCCACUCAGACCGACCUGACCCUGAAGCUGAAGCCGCUGUCCGUCAAAGUGGUGGAGGCCACGCUGAAGCUGUCUCUGUCCUGCGUCUUCGUCCGGGAGGGAAAAGCAACAGAUGAAGACAUGCAGAGUCUGGCCAGUCUGAUGAGCGUCAAACCCACGGACAUCGGAAAUCUGGACGACUUCAACGAGAGCGAUGAGGAGGAGGACAGGAAGUCGCUGACGGCUGCAGCUCCUCAUCACGCUCUAACUCGUCCAAAUCGUCCCGCUCCUCCUCCGCCUGAUACUCGAGCCUCCUCCGGACCCCCCCCUCCUCCUGCAGCCUCAGCCUCUGCCUCCCUCCCUGCCGUCCUCUCCCGGCCUCCCCUCCCCACCGCCCCCCGCCCUUCUCCCCGUCGCCCCCGUCAUCCUUUCUCCAACACCCCCGUCCAAUCAGAGGCGGUGCCGCCUUCCCCUGGCCCCUCCCCUCAGCCGUCGCCCCGGUCGAAGCACAAAAAAACGAGCGCCUCCGUCCUCCCAGAGGAGAUCUCACCUCCUCACCCUCCAGCUCCUAAAAGCUCUGAGCCUGAGUCUGAGUCUCCCCCCGUCCUCCCCCCUCCCUCUGAACCUCCCACUUCACCUCCAGCAGACGUUACUCCUUCAGCUCCCGAACCUCCAUCACCUGAUUUUAUUAAAACAUCCACCGCCCCCGUCGCUUCAUCCCUGACUCUGUCCACCUCUCUGACCCAUAAGCCCGACUCUACCGCCCCCCAGCCUCCCCCUCCCAAGUCUUCCUCCCCCCCUCCUCCUCUCACCUGGACCGUCUCUCAGCCUCCCUCCCUGCCCAGAAUCUUCCAGUCCGGUUCUGCAAAAGCUCUGUCUUCGUGCCAGCGGCGCCCCCCGGAGGUUCAAGCGUGCGACGCUCCUUCCUCCGUCUCCGGACGUUCUCACGUUUUCAAACCUCACGUCGUCAAGUCCAUCCCUCGCCCCACCUCCCCCUCCCCCUUCUCAGCUGACCCCCCCUCCCACCCCUCCUCCUCCUCCUCCUCAGACUCAGGUGUCCCUGACUCUGUCCCGGCUGGAGGAGACGUGUCCCCCGUCCCUCUCCUCUGCAGCCCCGACCUGGACGCUCUCUGUGACCCGGAGGCUCCGGGGCGACUCGCCUCCCUCCCACGCUCCUCUGCUCUUUCCACCCACGCUUUCUUCUCCUCCCCCCUCCCUGCCUCUCCUCCUCCUCCUCUUCCUCCUCGUCCUCCGCCUCAGAUCAGUCAGACAGGCUCAGCGCUCCCCCCCCCUCAGCCGGACCGCGAGGCCUCCUCUGCAGCUAAAGGAGCAGCUCCGAGCCCCUUGAGUCGAGCUCCACCUCCUCCUCUUUCCCCUCAGCACAACCAGGCAGAGGCUAACGGCGGCGCCGCUAACCCUCCGCUCAGACCGGCCCAGGAAAACAGAGCAGGACCCAGGAAGAACAGCUCAAACCGAGAAGAUGCUGCCGUUAAACAUCAGCUCCAACCAGAGCAGAAAGAAGAUGAUUCUAAAAACCCGUUCAGUGCGGCGCCGCCCGAGCAGGAGGAGCCCGAAGAGCCGAACCGGGAAGAACCCUCGCUCCACAUCCUUCCCCCCAAACCAGAACCAGAACCGGAACCAGAACCUAAACCUAAACCAGAACCAGAACCGGACCUCCAGCCGUCAGAAAAACCACCAGCGGAGGAGGCGCGAGAGGAGGAACGAAGCGACGCCGUGUCUGGAGGUCGGGGGGGUUCGAUGAACCACGAGGAGCAGCUGUGGGCGGCGGUGGAGGAGACCACGGUGGAGAUGAGCGAGGGCACGGAAACGGAGGAGAAGAAGGAGGAAGAGGAGGAGAAGAAGGAGGAAGAGGAGGGUGUGACCGGGGGAACCCAGGUCUGUGCACAAACACGGGCGGGGAGGCAGGAGAAGGAGGAGGCGGCGGCGGCCGGCUUCAUGUCGGCCGUGGUCGGGGUGUUUUUUAGAGGCUACGAGACCGUGGCCUCCAUCCUGACCACCAGCAGCUCCUCUGAAGCACCUCACCCACGUCUCUCUGCAGAACAACCCAGUGUAGAUGAGGAAGAAGACGCAGAGCUCCUCUGUUCCUCUGAGCCAGACGAUGCUCUGGUUCCUGUUGUUGUGGACGUGUCUCCUCCCACGUCUUUCUCUGACCCCGUCCACAGUCUGAAGCUCUGUGAGGAACCACAGAGACCAGAUCCUGAUGAGACACUGGGUCUGGUGGCGAGACUGCGACUGGCAGCCAGCGAGCAGGAGAAAGUCACAGAAGAAGAGAAGGAGGAAAGGAGGCAGGAGGAGGAGAAGAUGAGAGAGGAGGAGGUGGAGAAGGAAAGGGUGGAGAAAGAGAAGGAAGAGCAGGAGGAGAAGCAACGUGAGGAAAGACGAAGAGACGCAGAGAGACAGUCAAACACGACUCCUCCGCUGAGGGAGGCAGAACUGGACGAGAUCGGCGACGACGAGAAGCUUCACGACCGCGAUGGAGAAUCCAGACCCAGUUUGGCUUCGGCCAAACCUGCAGCUCCGAGGUCGGACAGGAAGCACAGCGGCAUCCCAGCGUGGCUCCGCGACGAGGACGACCAGGAAAUAGAGUAUGAGACGGGACAGGAGGACCUGGGCUCCAUCUGGUUGGCUGAGCUCUACAUGGGAGGGGAGGCAGGCCCGGGCCUCCCGUCCCCCGCCAGAGCCCAGACGCCGGCCCCACCCCCCUGCAGCGAACCUGUCCAGCCUUUAACUCGUCCUAACGUGUCACAGCAGGAGGAAACAAUCAGCCCCCGACGGGAUAAAGAGGAGAAACAGCCGAUAAAAGCACAGAGAGACGAUGGUGUCGCAGCAGCAGCAGCAGCAGCUAACGAGGACGGAGACUUUGUUCAGUCUUCAGUCGUCCCCUGGCCUCUUCCUCCGAACCCUACGGGGGCAACCUUAGACCCGAAACCCCCCACGCAGAUCAACGAGACGCGUAUCGAAACAAGGAGCGACGAGGACCAGACAAAGGCCUCCACGGGGAUCGAUCACCUCCCCAGAGACCAGCAGCUCCAGGAGGAGGAGCGUUUGCUGCUGGCUAGAAUCCGCCUGAUGUCGGGGGACUCGUCCCCGGUCCCUGGUCCUCGCUGCAUGAAACGCCUCAUUCCCGCCCCCGGUGACAUCGACUCUGAUACCACGGAGCCCGGGAGCCAAUCAGGAACCCCCACCCCCACCUACGACCCCAGCCAGCGCUCCAUCGCCUCCUGCUUCGACGCCCUGCAGGAAAUAUCUCUGGCCGAGGCCGAGGAGGCGCCUGGAGGGGAGGACGAGCUGAAGCGCCAACCUGCCGACGUCCCUGACGGUGGAGAAAACAAAGCGUCGUCCCAGACAGAACAGGACUCAGGCUCAGGCUCCGCCCCCCAUCACUGUGAGAUCAACACGUCUCGACUCCCCACGUUACCUGAGGAGGAAACCUCCGAUCCCACGACCCCUGAUCCUGCUCCGGUGCUCAGAGAGGAGGCCGACGGGAAGGACGACACGACCGAGGACCUGGUGACCUCCAGCCAGUCUCUGCUGCAGUGGUGUCAGAACAUCACGUCCAGGUAUCGUGGGGUGAAGGUGACAAACUUCAGCACGUCGUGGAGGAACGGUUUAGCGUUCUGCGCCCUCCUGCAUCACUUCCACCCCGACAAAAUAGAGUUUGACCUGUUGGACCCUCACGACAUCAAGCUCAACAACAAGAAGGCGUUCGACGGCUUCGAGUCCCUCGGGAUCUCCCGCCUCCUGGAGCCGUCUGACAUGGUCCUCCUGUCCGUCCCCGACCGGCUCAUCGUCAUGACCUACCUCAGCCAGAUCCGCUCGCACUUCACCAACCAGGAGCUGCGCGUGCUGCAGAUCGAGCGCAACAGCAGCCAGUCCAGCUACGGCCUCACGCCGUCGGGUCCGUCCCCCUCCAACGUGGACGCCGCCGCCUUCUGCAUGGCCCGGCUCAACGAGGGCGUCAGUCUGGAGGAGGGGGGCAGCAGCACCCUGGUCGUCCCGCCGCCCAGAACCAAGCGCCAGGUUAAAGUGGACGAGUCCAUCAGCCCGGUGCCCCCCCCACGCUCGGCCACCAAAGCAGCCAAGUCUGGAGCGACUCAGGAUGACGACACCGCGACUAAACCUGCCGCCGACUCCAACGCUAAUAAAACCGAGCUGCAGAGCGGCGCUGAGACCAAACCGUCCACACAGACGGAGGAAACUAUGUGUCUGCAGGACACCAGCCAGUACGUCCUGAGUGAACUGGCAGCGCUGGAGACGGAGCAGAAACACAUCGACAGCAGAGCUGCAGUGGUGGAGAGACGCCUGAGGAGCCUCAUGGAGACAGGAAGUGACCGUGAUGAAGAGGAGAGACUGAUCCAGGAGUGGUUCACUCUGGUCAACAAGAAGAACGCUCUGAUCAGGAGACAGGACCAUCUGGAGCUGCUACAAGAGGAGCAGGAUCUAGAGCGAAGGUUCGAGCUUCUCACCAGAGAACUACGGGUGAUGAUGGCGAUAGAAGACUGGCAGAAGUCGUACACUCAGCAGCAGAGGGAGCAGCUGCUGCUGCAGGAGCUGGUGUCUCUGGUCAACCAGCGCGACGAGAUCAUCCGGGACAUCGACGCCAAGGAGAGAGGCGCGAUGGAGGAGGACGAGCGCCUGGAGCGAGGUCUGGAGAUGAGGAGGAGGAAAUUCAGCAACAAAGAGAAAUGUGUGCUGCAGUGAGACGAGGGGACGGACAGAGUCCACUCAGGACGUCCCACACAGAGGAUUAGUAUUAUUAUUAUUAUUAUUAUCAUCGUCUUUAUCUCGUGCAGGAGGUGGAAUCUUUCAGGACUUAUUCUCCAGAGCUGCAGCGUGUGUCGUCUUUUAGUUUUAUUAUUUCUGUCUUAAUGUGUGUGAGUGUUAUUUUGAUGCUGUUUUUAUUUAUUUAAAAGAUUGUUGCACAUUUGUGGCGUAUUGUGUGAGUUUCGUGUGCUCAUGGUUAGAGGUUUAUUAUUAUUAUUAUUAUUCAAACCAAACAACUUUAUCCCAAACGUGCCUUGUCACAGUUUCUUAUCCACAUCGAGGAAGAAGUUUUUCUCCGUCUGAGGACGUUCGUCCUGGAGAAGUAAUAAAUGAGGAGAUAUGAGCUGGACUCUUUGCCGCUACGCUGUCAGUGCAGGGACACGUCCUCAUCUUCAGGACGAGCCCUGAAACCACAUUUCAAUGCGACUGCUUCCAGACGCUCUCUGAUCACACACUGUCACUGUUUCUAUUUAUGAGGUGGAGAUGAAUAAAAAUGUGUUGGUUGCUA